AUGAAGACUGGAACAGCCAUAUCUGAGGCCCACAAAAUCACCGCUGCCGAAGUCAAGAGGAAAACUCACAAGUCUCAGGCACCCCUGACCCACAACGCCAACCUCCAACCCUUCCCAACAUGUCGACUCUGUCAACAAACCUUCCCCAUGCGAAACGGCCUCGUUGGACAUCUCUGGACUCAAAACACCAGCCCAGCAAACCCAACCACUGCCUCUUCGACCACCCCUCCUCAAACCUCCAUGGCAUCCACUACGACUACCGUCCUCACCACCAACGCCCACCGUUCCCGCGUUCCGCCGCCGUCGAUCAUCGCAAUCAUCAUAAUCCCUGCCACAACCUCUGCGGCGACGACGGCGACCGCCACAGCUCCCACUCUCACCACCAAACAAAACGCUCCCGACAGUCCACCAACCACCACCCUUACCUUCAUCUCUGUGGAUUCGGUGCUAACUUGUCCUCAUUGUGAUUACACAUUUACCUGA